CGUCGGCAGGCCGAUCGGGCGUUACUACGCAUGCGCGCAAACUUCGAACUGUCAUGACAUCGAACGUAAACAAGUGAAUUUUUGUGAUAAACUACUUUAGUUUUCUCCAGAUUCUUGUAUGAAAACUUUGGAUAUUGUGAACGAGUUGGUGCUUAGUGGGAGUGUGUAAACGAAUUGCAAGACUGAUGAGCGAGCGAGUAUAAAAGAAAAAUGCGUCUGCAAACAGUGAUCACGUUGGCUGCGAUUUUGACAUGUGACGCUAAGUUACCAACACAUAAAAGCCACAUUCAACCAAAUGAAUUGCCUCCAAAUCCGACGCAAAAUUCCCAAGCGCUGCGACUAUUAGACGUCCAAGCGAAAAGUGCUAAAACUAGUAGAAUUGUAAACGAAUAUAAGCCGAGGCAUAGGCGAGAUGUGUUUGAUUCAAGAAGCUACAACGAAUCUAGUUUAAUAUGGGCACAUUCGGAGCGCCUAGAUGAAAACGGGGAUGUAGUGCUCCGAUGGGUGAACUCAGAUUCGAGUAUCACCUUUAGGGUUGAGGCGCGCACCCGUGGCUACGUCGGGAUCGGGUUCAACUCUGCGAGGAACAUGCGAGGGGCCGAUUUACUCGUCGCAUGGGUCAACGAUAGGAACAAUCAUGCCCAUGUUUUGGAUUGCCACGGACUAACGUUCGAAGACAGAGCUGUGGCCGACGAAGUGCAGAACGUCGAGCUGAUCUCCGGCUACCAGAAUGACACGCACACCACUGUCGAGUUCAGACGGAUGCUGGACACGUGUGACAUACAGGACUUCGUUAUUGGUGACGACACAAUGCAAGUUCUCUGGGCGCUCGGCCCCGACGGCUCCGACGGAGAGCUGCCGAAACACGUCAGAAGUGGCUCCAGGCCCCUCAGGCUGCUGCUGCCCGUGUCCAAGCCGGAGACCAUACCUUUGAGGCAUUGGGAUGUGCGGAUAAAUAAUCUCACAAUACCCCACGACAUGGCAACUCUAUUCUGGUGCAAGAUCUUCAAAGCACCCGACCUACCCAUGAAGCACCACAUCGUAGGCUAUCAGCCUCUGAUCGACAGUCGACCAAUCAGAGACGGCGUCCCCAUGCUAGAGAAAAAUAGCCUCUCCCCCGUUCAUCAUAUGGUUCUAUACGAAUGUGCCGAGGAUCCCGAUCAGCAUUUGUGGAAGGAAUGGGCCAAUCAGGAUGGGUUCUAUGGGCCGAGUAGGCCCAGUGAAUGGGCGACUUGUGUUACGCCGGUUGCUGCUUGGGCUAUUGGGUCUAAAGGCGAAUUCCUUCCGGAGAACGUCGGCAUCCCGCUGGGCGAGAAAACCGGCGUGGCGUUCUACAUGUUGGAGGUUCAUUACGACAAUCAGGCGCUGCAUGAAGUGCUAGACAACUCCGGUAUAAGGAUCCACUACACACCAGCCCUGCGGCCGCACGACGCGGCCCUUUUAGGGGCCGGAGUGGGGGUGUCUGCGCUCCAUGUGAUUCCGCCGAAACAGAAGCAGUACAGAACCGUUGGCAUUUGUAGCCCCGAGUGUACGAAUAGUACCAUGCCCGAAGAAGGAAUUAACAUAGUAUCCGUCCUUCUCCACGCACAUGGUACUGCGAGGAAGAUUUCAUUGAAGCACGUCAGAGGAAAUAACGAACUACCGAGAAUAUCAGAGGAAAACUCCUACGAUGUCCGCUAUCAACAAUCCCGCAUAGUCCCGGGAGGCAGAAGGUUUUUGAAAGGGGACACUUUGAUCACAGAGUGCACUUACGACAGUACGAACCGUGAUAAGCCUAUUUUGGGGGGUUAUUCCGCAUCACAGGAAAUGUGCCUAUCAUUCGUGCUAUACUACCCUCGCACUGAACUGGCGGGAUGUUACUCUAUGACGCCAGUCAAAGAGUUCUUCGAAACUUUUGGCGUGAAAGAGUUCUACACCCUUAGUAUGACUGACGUCGAAAACAUCUUCCUAUCGUCAGGGAAUUUGGAGAACCUACCACCAAAGAUGGAGUUUGACAUAAGACAACACGCAUCGGAAUCUGAAGCUAUGCAGGGCGAUGACCAAGGCGUAGGACUCAUGAAGGAGCUGAUAAUCCGCGAGCCCACCGAGUUCCAGAACAAGACGUUCCUAGCCCACCUCAAUCAGAUGCCGUGGUCGGAGUCGGUGCUGACCGAGCAGAUUGAGAAGACCUUAUAUAAGGGCAUGCAUAUGACCUUCUGUAAGAAGAGGGAUGAUAAUUGGGGAGCGCCAAUACAAAUCCAAAACUACCCUGACUACGUGGAGCUGGUCAGCAACGAGGCAGCAGAGAAAUCAUGUAACUACAAAAGCGUGUUACCACAGAACUCCGUAACUAAAUCCGCCAAUGGCAUAAGCAGUUCCUUCAUAUCCGCCAUCUUGGCCGUAUGCGCGAUCAUAGUCGCGCGGUAAUAAAAAAAUAAUUGUAUUUUUUAAUACACCGAGGCCAAUGAUUUGUUGUUUUUCGUUUUGAAUUGUUUAUAUCUACUGCAAAAAAUCUGGAAAAGACUUAAGACUAGAUUUAUCACUUCUAUAUAAAGUUAGGACAGAUAUUUGUAUCAAUUUAGGAGACUUUUACAAAGCAGACAUAAAUAAUACUUUAUUGCUUAGUUUUUGACUAAGAUUAGUUGUGAUCCCUAAAGUUAGUACAUCUUAUAUCUGCUACAUACAUAAGAAGUCGAGUCAAGUCAGUCUUUCGUGUAUAAUAAAUUACCAAUCUGUAAGAUUUGGAUGAUUUUGUUUUACUCAUACUUACUACGAUGUUAGUAUUUAUUUAAUUUACUUACGAACAAUUUGUUUUCUAAUAUAAUGGUGUCAGUUUGUAUGAAACGUUUUUCGUAUUUCGACAAACGUGUGUUAAAUUAUUUGAAUGUAUUCCUAUUCGGGAUUUCUAUCGCAUGUUUAUGAUGGAGUGAAUGUAGGUAUACUUAUGUGUGAUUUUUGUACUUAUGAGUUUUUGCUCAUGGACACGUCGGCGUCGGCAUGCGAUUCAGUCUUACGUACAUUUACGUAGUUGUUUUAAGGCGAGUAACGAUACCAAAUGCUUGGUAUUAUUAUAAUAAUCUAUAGUUACACUUAGUGUUGCUUGGACGUUGAUAGAACUAAUCGAUAAUUUUGGAGACUUAUAAUUAUGACUGAUUUUUAUAAAUUCUGUACUAUUAUUGCCUAUUCUUUGAUAAAAUAAUGCAUUUAUGUAAUAAGUUUGCAAUUGUAAGUGUAGAUCACGAAAUUCCGAAUGUUAUUUGUGUUAGUCGUAUAAAUUUGUGUCUUAUAAUUUUUAAUAAUCUUAUAAACAUGUCACAGGGGAUAACAAUAUUUUUGUACAACUAAAAUUUCACUUUUUCAAUAUUUCCGUUAACAAAUGUAAGUAUGAAAUUUUUGAUCUAAGCCUUGUAUUGAUUAUAAGACUUAUAACUGUAUUAAUUCACAAUUUGAUCACUUUUUCUCUUGGACAGUUUAACGAUAGACCAAUUAAAAUAUAAGUUCCUAUUAAUGCAAAGUUUAGUUUGGACGAAUGGGUUGAAAAUAGUAAGUACCAAUAGUGCAUAAUAUUUCCAACUAAAAUAGCAACAGUGAAUUUAUUUUAGUAAAUUCUUAUACUUACACGCACUACGGCGUAAUUUUAUUAUGACUAACUUUUAUUUUUUGAAGAAAGCAUUGUUUUUUUUCUGCGACAUGUAUUUUACUGUCAAUCACUUAGGGCUGUGCAUGUUAAAUAUCUAUUUAGAUCAUAUUCUACAACUAAGUUCAAUAACGUAGCACAUAAAUUGUAAAAUAAAUUAAAAAUAUUUAAAAAUGACAUUUGAACAACAAUGCAAUUAUAAAAAAGAAUGCAAUUUUGAAACUAUUAAACAUAGUCGUAGAAUUGUGUAUCCAAUCGAUACGUACCCAAGAAACGAAUAAGUAAUGUUUUUUGAGUCAUACUGUGUAGUUGUCUACAUUGCAUUUUGCUAUUAUGUAUAAUUAUAUCUUAAGGUUAAGUAGUCUAUAAGGUUUAUUUAUUUAAAAGUCAAUAUAUGUGUUUUAUUACA